CCCCAAUCUUGACAUAUUUUUUUUUCUUUGGCGUGUAGUCUCGAAUUGUCAGGGAAUGACAAAAAUUAUUUGAUCAUUUGAAUGAUGAAAAAUUACUAUCAUAAUCUUUAUAGAAAAGUAUGUAGUGGAUUCAAAAAUUAUUCUUCGAAAACGAAAUUACCGACAGUGCAAGAAUUGAAGAAACAGAGGUCUAAGCUAUUGGGUGUUGACCAUGGCUAUCAACCAACUCCUCCUGAUAGAAGUGAUUUAUUGAAAUAUGUUCCGAAGUUCGAAGACUUACCUCCAAGAAGUAUUGAGGACAGUUUCUUGGAAGGGGUAAUUCCUCUUUCUACAGAUGAAAAUUUACAAGAAAAGUAUAUUACUUUUCUGGGUCGUGUGAGAAUUGGACGAUUACUCGAAGACAUGGACAUAUUCGCAGUUUACAUAGGCUACAAAUACAUUGAUGCACCUACAGUACCGAAAGAUGUUGCAUCACCAUUUAUUCUAGUAACUGCCCACUGUGAUCGCAUCGAUUACACAACAUAUCAAAGAAGACAUAAUCAAGAUAUAAAACUCUCAGGUUUUGUUAGUUGGGUAGGGAAAUCGUCAAUGGAAGUUGUUGUUAAACUUGAACAAUAUUUUGAAGGUAGCUGGCAUAAAAUAACCCGUGCCCUAUUUCUGAUGGUUGCAAGAAACGCUACAGGAAAAGAGUCGGUACCUAUAAAUCCGUUGAAACCUUUGAACGACAUGGAGAAAAGAAUAAUCCAAGAUGGUGAAGCAAGAAAAGCGGGAAGAUCCAAAGCCUCAACCACGCAUAUAUCUUUGAAGGUCCCAACAGCUGAAGAACAGCAGAUAAUUCAUGAUUUAUACAUAAAUAAUAGAAAACGACUCUCUCAAGGCAUUGUCCAUGAAUCCACUGACAAUUUCGUACCAAUGGAAAAAUGUAGAAUAUCUAACACUAUAUUCUGCCAACCGGAAGACAGAAACUUUUAUAAUACAAUAUUUGGCGGGUUCAUAAUGAGGCACGCCACUGAGCUUGCCUGGGUUUUGGGAUAUCAAUUUUUUAGACAAAGACCAGCCAUUAAACACAUAAGUGAUAUCAGUUUUCAUAGACCAAUUGCCGUAAAUGCCCUGUUGCAAAUGUACGCUAGGGUUGUUCAUACUAAAGAUUUUUAUGGCCAAAUUAUUGUCACUGCUAUUGCUUCAGACCCUAUGCAAGGUAAAGCCACCAAAACAAACACACUUCAUUUCACAUUGAAGUCCUCACAACCUGUAAAUCCAGUCUUUCCAAAGAGCUACCAUGAAGCCAUGUUGUAUGUAGAUGGUAUGAGGCAUUUAAACUUUAAUUUAGAGAAUAGUGCAGCUGAAAAAUUUGAUGCAAUUGAUGAAUAUAUGUUGAAAUUGUCAGAGAUUUGAAUAUUUUUGUUUUAUUAUCCAUAUAAUGACUAUUGUACGAUCAAACUCACAAUAUACCCCAAUCAAAAAGAAAAAAAUUUAUUUUCUAAAAUAUAUAUAUAUACAUAUAAAACAUAUACUUAAUCGAAAUAUGCUUCCUUAUUUCCCAAAUUCCUAGGAGCUACCACAGAACCUGCAAUCAAAAAAAUCAUAAAUCGCUAUUCUAGAAUUCGUUAAAAAAACGCUUACUUGCAGUUUUAUCAAAACUUAUAGAUAACUAAAAUAUUUAACAAUGGAAGCUGAGCUCAAAUAAAGAAUAUCAACUGAUUGACGAAUUUUUCUAAACGAACGUUAUUCAUAUUUAUCAACCCAAAUCACUGUUAUUAACCAAUAAUUGUAGAAAUAAAACUAGGCAAAAAUGAUACAACUAUUUAUUGUUCUAUAAGAUUACACUAAUAUAAUAAACUGGCUUUUCUUAAAUUGGAGUAUUUAGUAGGUAUGCGAUAUAUUAUUUUGUUCUACAUGCAAGCAGCCUUCACAUCUUUUAUCAUCAAAAUCAAUAAUUCUUAUAAUUAUAUGCACAUAAUAAUAUAACAUGAAAUAUACAUAUAUAAACAUCUUCUAAAUACAACAGAGGAUAAAAUUUCGUAACAAUCACACUACAAUCAUU